CUUACCCUACUCGGCAACUCCCAAACAAAACCUCGCAACCCUUUUCUCCACCGAAAGGCUCUCGGGAAAUGGCAGCCAAAGCGGCGCCCAGGGGCAGAGAGCAGUAUCUUCCCCUCUAUAAUGAGAGGUGCUUGCUUAUCCGAGCUCGUCUCAUCGUUGCUAUGUGGCGGUGGAAGACUUGCUCGCGGGAAGAAUCAAAUCUCCGAACCGGUGCUAUGCAAGCUGAUGAUGGCAGGAUGAGUGCUGGGCCUCUCUACUAUGUCAGCUACCUGCUUAAGCAGGACCGGACCGGGGCGGACGUAAUUGCGUGGGGGUUAAUUCAGCUGCAAGGAUCAUGAAUCAAGGGGAUGGUGCCUCUCUACUACGGCAGCUACCUGCUUAAGCAAGCAUGACCAUUAAGUGAAGGAAGCUCAUCGGUGCAUUGCGGUCGAGGGCCAGCCACGGCAGCUACCUGCUUAAGUGAAACAAGCUCAUCGGUGCGUUCCGGGCGUCAGCUACCUGCUUAAGCAAGCAGGACCAUUAAGUGAAGCAAGCAGGACCAUUAAGUGAAGCAUAUGUGGACGAGGGCAUUUGGGACGUGAUUGUGUGGCCAUUAUCGGAUGCCUCUCCACUACGUCACCUACCUGCUCAAGCAAGCCCGUCAGCGGUUAAGCAAGUAGGAGGGAUAAAGAUUAGAGCCCGCGUGACUAUGGUAAAGCGAUCGUCGUGGUUGGCUCAAGCCAAGUCGACCUGAUCAAUAAGGUGAGUGUAAAGGG